GAGCAGCUGAGCAGUGACUCUACCCAGUGUCAGCUUUCCAUCUCUCUCUCUGAAAACACUUUAUUUUCUCAGAAUUUCAGGAGAUUACAAAAUCCUCUGUAUCACCUUCUGAGAGAUUUACUGUUUACUUUUUUAUCUUCACACACACACACACAUACACACACACACACACACACUCACUUGCUCACUUGCUCAUUCACUCACUGCUUCCUGCCCUGCAAAACUGGAUACCACUGAAGAAUUUUCUGAAGAGGCUUAUCCAUGACUGGAGAGAUGGUGAAUUACUGCAAGCAAAUUGUUCUUCUCUCUGGAUUAGAAUAUAUGAAUGACUAUAACUUUAGAGCACUUAAGUCCUUACUGAACCAUGACCUAAAACUGACUAAGAACAUGCAAGAUGAUUAUGACAGAAUUAACAUUGCUGACUUAAUGGAAGAAAAGUUCCCAGAGGAUGCUGGAUUGAGCAAACUGAUAGAAGUAUGUGAAGACAUUCCAGAACUUGCAGCUCGUGUUGAUAUACUUAGAAAAGAGAUGGAGAAAGUUAAAAAUAAAACCAAAAUAAAAUCAGAAUCCAGCCCUCCUCCACUUACCUCCAGCCUGAUGGAAGCUUGGGAAGUAGAACCAGCUAUGGUGACAGCUUCAUCAGAGGAAAGCAAAGAUACUAUCCCUGAAUCACCUGAUACCAUGACAACACCGUUUUUGAAGGAAAAGCCUAAGAUUCCAUUACUUUCAGCAACCAGCACAAGCCAGGCUGAGGGUGAACCCCUGACUCCUCAGAGAUUUCCAACAACAGCCUCCAGCAGUCUCCAGACACCCCUGGAGCCUACAGAAAUAUCGUCCACCAUAUUGGUAACAUCUCAGGGUUCUUCAGCACCAUAUUCCACCUGUGACAAAUCUUCUCGGGUGCCUCCAGUGACAGCCUCCAGCAGCAUCCAGACCAUCCAGACAUGUCUGGCAACCUCAACACUUCCUUGUAGUCACCAAGCUACUCUGAAGUCUCCAAAAACAGAGCCCAGCAGUGUCCAGGCCACUCAGAUGACUCAAGCAAUAAAGGCAAGUGGUCAUAAUUGUCCUCAGGUGCCUACAGCAGCAGUAUCCAGCAGUUUCAUUAAACCUCAGGUGACCUCAGCAAGGUUACUCAGUGGUGUUCAAACUCCUUUGAUGCCUCAAGCAACAGUGCCCAGCCGUGCCCAGACCUUUCGACUAACCCCAGCAAAAAUGACCAGUGGUUGUAAUAGUCCUCAGAUGUCUGCAGCAACAGUAUACAGCAGUUAUAGUAACCCUCAUGUGACUCCAGUGCCCAGCAGUGUCCAGAUCUUGCAAAUGAACCUAGCAGCAAUGACCAUUGGUUGUAAUAGUCCUCAUGUAUCUGCAGCAACAGUAUCCAGCCAUUACAAUAACCCUUGGGUGACUCCAGCAACAUUUCCUGGAAGUGCCCAGACCUUGCAACUCUACCCAGCAGCCAUGGCCCACGGCUGUAAUAGUCCUCAGGUGUCUGCAGCAACAAUAUCCAGCAGUUACAAUAAUACCCCUCAGGUGUCUUCUGUAACAGUGCCCAGGAGUUUUCCUGCCAUGUCUCUGUCUCCAGCAACACCACUCAAGGCAAGGAUAGGAUCUCAUCUGGGUGCUACAGACCAGCUGGUAAAGGAUCACCAGUUUGAGGACAAUGAGUAAGUUUUAACAUGGGGCAGUCUGAGUCCAAACGGAAACAGUUAUUUCUAUCAGUCUUUAAGCACAUGUUGUCCAAUCGGGGCCUAAAGGUCUUGGAUAAAUCCUUACAAGAAUUGUAUGAUUUUGUGCAAAAAAAAUCAGCCCCUGGUUUCUGGAGGAGAGAAGCUUGAUAUUGGAGAAUUGGAAGCAAGUAGGUAAAGUUAUGAGGAGGUUUCAUGAAGAGAAUUUAUCUAAGGAAGUCCCCAAUAAUGCCUUUACUCCAUGGCAACAAAUGAGGGAUUUAUUGACUGAGAAAACGGACUUUGAAUUUCUUGCAGAGGAAGCUCCUUCAGAGCCCUUUGAUGAUCAGAAAGCGAGACCGUCUGCUUGUGAAAAGAAAUGGUGUAAUACAGGCAAAAAAGAGGAAAGGUCAGAGAAAAGUGGGACAGAGACAAGUGAUGGUGAAGUUGAUGAGGAGUGAGAUUUAACUGAGGAAUUGGCAAAGUAUGAGCUAGAUGGAGAAAGGGAUCAUUUUCAUGGACCCGAGGCAGCAGUAAGGAGAAGCCUUUAAUCGUGGCACCAACACCAAAACCGCCGACUUUUGCUUCCCCUUGGUUUUGAUGCUGCUGUGGCAGAAGCAAAAAGACAAGGAGAUUUUAUUCACUUGCCCAGUAAUUUACAUAGAAGGUGAUGAGCCACUUUUAAACAACAACAACAACAACAACAACACUUAAGAGCUACAGUCAGUGGUAAAGAUAUUGGGCCCUGCUGCACCUUUUACCUUACAGGUUUUGGAAUGUAGUAGUGAGCCAGUGGCUUACUCCACACGACUGGCAUCAGACAGCCAAGGCUACUCUCACUUCCUGCGAUUACAUUCUCUAUAGAACAGAGUAUGAAGAGAAGGCCAGAAAAACAGUGAAGGAAAACUUGUCAAAACAUGGACCUAAGCCCAUGGUGUCCAUGCUUCUUGGCAAAAGGACUUUGCUAGACCAGCAGCACAACUAAAAAUUCCAAAGGCAGUGCUGGAAAGAAUAAUCAGAUAACUGUCCCUAGCUUGUGGAGUUUACCCCCACCUGGGGCUAUGCCCACAAUCCUUUCAGAAAUCAGGCAAAAGCACGAGUCAUAAGAGAGUUUUGUGGCUAAAUGGGAAGAGACAGUUUCUAGAAUGUUUCCUCUCUCGGAAGGGACUUACAUAUUAAUAAAACAAUUGGCUUGGGAAAACGCGAGCACCUUGUCCCAAGACCUGAUCAGACCAAUCCAUAAAACAGGACCCUUACAGGAUUAUUUUAAAGCAUGUGUAGAUGCCUCACGAGCUGUAGUCCAAGGUAUAGCUUAUGCUGCAGCAAUGAAGGGACAGAAAUUCAGUGCCUAUACCAGAAAUACUUAUGGGAAUGGAAAAGCAUUCCCAAGGGAAUGAAGCUACAUGUUUCAGCUGUGGAAAAUCGAGACACCUGAGAAAGGAUUGUAAAAAUCCCUCGGGAAACAAGAAGGGCAUUCCUCCAGGUCCCUGCCUGUGGAGAGCCGUGCUGUGAGCAAUCGCCAUUAUAAGAUGGCGCUGGCUCCCGCUGUGCCUAACUAGUAAAUAAGCCUUGUACGCAGCUGUGAGAGUGAACUCACGCCUAGGCACUGCCCAUUUCGGGGUGUAGUAAUGAGGUGAUGGGCGAGCAACUAAUCAGGAGCUGACAUGCCACAUCAGGUGCUGAAACGCCACACUGAGGGCUAUAUAAGCAGCACCAUUUUACCGGGGUCUGGGUCUUCCCUUUUUAAGAAGCAAUAAAGCUUGCUGCAGAAUAA